UUAAUAUCUAUCGGAAAAUAGCACUCCCGUGUGGAGUGGAAUGCCCCUUUAAGCGUAGCUGGCUCCAGAAUUUUAGCGUACAAUGAAGCCUAGAUUGAAAAUCCAUACUAUAUCUCAUUAUAUGCAUGUACUUAGCCCGACAAGGCAUGAAUUGGCUAUUAUAAUUAUCAAGAUGCAAGGACCAUACAUGAUAUUGAACGUUUUUUCCCAUUUCCUCUCAGAGUGCUGCUCAGUCAUGGUCACGAAAAGACAGUCUGUCCUGUGCCUGGCGUUUGUUGUCACGACCGUGCUACUGGUGGUGAUGGACAAAUGGACAGGCAUGUUCAAGCUUGCCGUGUUCAUGUGGGGCCCAUGCGCUGUUCAUCCUACAAUCCGGUUAGCACUCGAGUCUCAGAACCGAGCCACGGGCACGGUGCACGGCCACUUCAACAUGGAACGAAUUCAUCUAAUCCAAAACAUCACACGAGAGUAUUUCGACCCAAAAAAGAACAUCAUUGAUUUCGAUGACAUCGACGUCUUUUUGGAGAAGUGCAACCCGGCAACAUUCACACGUCUCAACUCUGCAGGGGUGCCCUGUGACGUCACGCACACACACGUCAAUCAUUAUCGGACAUGCGCAGUGGUAGGGAACGGAGGGAUACUGCUGAACAGCGGCUGUGGUGCGGAGAUAGACGCUCACGACUUCGUCAUUCGGAACAACCUCCCGCCAACUGCCCCGUACGCCAACGAUGUUGGGAAGAAGACCGACCUCACAACGAUAAACUAUGCAAAAGUGUGCGAGAUCUUCACCAACUUAGGAUCAGAAAACGAGACUGCGAGAAGAGCUAUCCUUACCCGACUGAGUGAGUCGCCAGGGAUGAUAUUUAGUUAUUCCCUUUCUGCAGUGGGUAGAUGGUCCGAAUACAGUAAACUCAAGGCCAUAGAUCGAGUCAUCAGAGACAACAAAAUCCCCGUUACACUAGCGUUCUCGCACCAGUCUGCAAUGGAAAACAAACGUUUGUACUGCAAACUUGCCGGAAAACGUUGGAAACUCCCGUCCACGGGCCUGAACACCUUCGCCCUGGCCUCGACUUUCUGUGACAGGAUCUCCAUGUACGGGUACUACCCCCUGACAACAUACAACAACAGGAACGUCUCUUACCACUACUAUGACCAAGGAUAUUAUGGUCCCUGGCACAAGAUGGAGGAAGAGUUCGCCAUGUUGCAGGGUUUCCAUAACCUUGGAGUAAUCAGACACGUUAUAGGCGAGUGUAAUUCUGACUGAAGAGCGUCUAGAGGGCAAUUAUUUGUUCAAUGUUAUAUUACACUAGUUUCCUAGUGACAGAAAGCACAGUUCUAUCAUAAAUUCAAACUUUCUGCGAAACUUUUGUGUGUUUUAAAACUUUCUACAAAACUGUUGUGUGCCAUAUUUUCUCUAAGCCGGUAGUAUAGGUGUGAACAUGAGCCUGGCUGUGUAAAUUUGUCUAAAAGUGCAAAAUGUGGCACAACAUAUUCCAAACAAGCGUGAAACAUGCAAAGGAACAGAUUUUGAGAUAUGGUCAUCUUAACUUCUGCCCUGGAGAACGCUGGCGGCAUUUUGUGGUUUAAAUACCUGAUAUAAUCGAGUCCAUUCCAAGUCACCACAAGGGGUUUUUGACAAUACUAGAAAGAAUUUUGAAUUGUUUUCAAUGAAAGAAUAUCAAAGCCACAAUUGUUAUAAUUGUUUCACAAAAGAUUGAAUAAGAUAGUUGAAUAUGAGACUUUGAAUCUAUAUGAAUUUUUUUGAAUACUUAACCGUACAAAAUGUCUUUAAAGUUUUGUUGCAUCAAUAUUCAAACAUCUACGUGAUUAUUUCAUAUAUCAUAUAUAUUUACAAAUAAAUGCAUUUGUCUGUGAAAUCAA